AUGGCGUCCGGAUAUAACUCAGGGUUCUCUGGGACGUCAACCCAGCAUCGUGUUCUGGGUGAUGGACGGACUAGUCACGACGAUGGCUCGGCGGAUGGGAGUUGGGUGGACUCUGCGUCCAGGAUUGGACGGAAUGGACGGUCAGAAUCUGGGGGUAGUUCGAUUAUCGGGCCCAGGGUAGGAUCUGGGGGUUCUCUGGCUCCUUCCAUCGGGGGACCUGGCAGCUUCAGCUCCGAACUUAAGAGCAUGACAUCACGGAGUGUUACACCACGACCUGAUGGCACUUUCCCGCGGAGGCCGAGCAGCAGUAAUGUCGACCAGGAUACCGAUCUACUCGGCACCGACGAGCGACAGGCUGCCUUGCGAGAUAGGAUCGCCAAAGAAAUGAAGAUCAAGAUGGGGACGGAGAAUAUGCUCGAAGCACUGCUUUCCAAACCGAAGCACGCCAAAGAUCAAAGGUUGAAGGUGGAAUCGGAGUUGGGCUCGUCCAAUCGCAAGCUGGCCGAGCUGCAACAUGAACUUGAGGAGGAAUUACUACGUGCGCAGGCGCCGUCGACGCCUCCUCGGACUCGCCUUUCGUCGACUGUUUUUCGAAGUAGUCCCAUGCGAUCGCCCAGUCGCACCAAUGACCAUGUCGAUGAUGGACCCCUGGUGGAAGAGGGAGAAGGGGAGAUCGAGUCACCUACAUACGUCCUUGCGGAGACGCUGCAGGCGCUGGAGAUUGAAGGAAUGUCACCCGAUUUCUAUGUCGAGCGCGCAAACAGUCUCGUCGAACUCUUCAAACGACACCCCACGUUGAAGUAUGACCUAGAAUGGUCUGUUUUCGGUCUGCGUGUUCAGGUCAUGCUGCUUGGCGACAGUAAAGAAGUUGUGGCGGCUGGCUAUCGUCUUACUCGCUACGCUAUAGCAGAUCGAAAAUCCCUCCAGACCAUCCGAUCACUACAUACCGACGAGCUUGUCAUAUUGUCACUUGUGAAGGAAAGCAAAGCUAGCAUUGAACGAGAGCAAGCCCUAAAAUUUGUGAGAGGCUUCUUGGACGUCAAGGAUGGUGUCCAAGAGAUUUCGCGUGCAGUAGUCCGUACCAUUGUCGCGGUUGCUGAGCACCACGAGGACCGCCUUCGAAACAUCUCCAUCAUGACUCUCGCUGAAAUUUUGGUCAAAGACCCCGAGCUUAUCGCAUACGCUGGUGGAUUUGGAACAUUGCAUGAUGCCUUAGCCGAAGGAACAUUUGGUGCUUCGGAAUCUCUGAUAUCAAGCUUUCUUCAUGUCCUUGACACUCCGCAUAGCAGGAAACACUUGCAAGGUGGCUGCGAGCUAGAAGCCGUUCUCGCUCCAUUUACUGAUUCUUUGUCUGACUCUGUGCGCAAUGGGAGAUUGAAGUCGGCGGCCAAGGCCAUCUCGGCGAUGCUUAAAACCUGGCCAGGGUUGGUCGUUCUUGCAAGACACGAAACAAAGCCUCUUCAUUCUCUCCUGGAGUCACUGCACUAUCAAGAUCCGCAAGCAAGAGACCUGAUUAUGGAACUUCUGUUUGAUGCCCUUCGGAUAAAACCUCCAUCGUGGUCUUCGUCUUUUUUCGCAGGCCGAAGGCUUACGACCUAUGGCAGAGUCGCGAACCUCAGGCCUGAAACUGAUACUAAACAAUAUCGCGGAUUCUACGAUGACAAUAGCAACAAAUUUGACCUCACUGCACAUUUUUCGACGCUCGUGCUGGCAACCUUGGUUGAGGCUGGGUUAUCAAAGGCUCUUUCUGAUUUGAUCGAAGACGAAAUAGAUCUCUUCCUUCGACGAAAAGCAACUUUAUUACUUACAGAAGUUCUGAAACUGGCUCAUCAUUCUUUGCCCCAGAGCAUAAGCGCAAACCUGCAGGUUCUUCCACAUCUACUUCCAGCGGCGGUAAAAUUCGACGUUGACAAUCACGAUAUUUCUACGUCGACGAUUUAUCAAAUAGAGAGCAUAAAUAGAACACUCGCGCGCUCUAUAGGCUUUUCGAAUGGGGCUGCUCGGUAUAGUGUUGAUGCUGACAUAUCUGCGUCUAUUUUGUCCAACGAUCAAGGCAAAGACAAGCUCAGUCCUACCAUGGACGAAACCCAAUUUCGCAAUGCAAUAUUGGAGACUAAUGUCUUGAACACCGUCAAUUACAUCAAGUGGAAGUGGGAUUUGAUUCACCGAAUCGUUGAGGGGCCUCUGAUAAACCCGAAGAGGUUAGACGAGGCAAUUAAAGGCUCAAAGUUUGUCAAACGACUCAUCGGAUUCUACCGACCUUUCAAAUAUCGAUUUUCUAUGAUUUCGAACACGAAGAUUAACCAGCGCUACGUUCGGACGGGGUGCGCGUUGAUGCGCACUUUGGUCCAGAACCCAGAAGGAACAAAAUACUUGGCAGAAAAUAAAUUUUUGAGACAGGUUGCUGAAUGUCUUGCUCAAGUGGAUCGGAUGAGUGGACUCACCUCAUCCUCGCCUCUAUUCUCCCGGGAACAGAUGGCUAAUACGUUGAGUGGGGGGUAUUUCGCCAUGUUGGGAACAUUAAGUGGUGAUAGCAACGGGCUGGCCAUGAUGGAAAGAUGGCAUAUGCUCAACAUGUUUUACCAUAUCAUCGAACUCCGCGACCGAAACGACUUGAUACAGACUCUGUUAGGGAAUAUGGACUACGCCCACGAAAGCCAUCUCAGAGUCAUGCUUUCCAAAGCUCUUACAACUGGCUCAAAGGAGAUUCGAAUUUUCUCCACAAGGCUUCUCUGGAAAUAUGCAGUUGGUGAUGGCACUCUUUCCCCUAGUAUGGCUAUCAGCAACGCAGACUGGGUCAUUAAACUCCUAGUGACUCAGCUUUACGAUCCUGAUGUUUCGGUGUGCCAAGUUGCCGUGAAGAUUCUCGAAGAGGCGUGCAAUAAACGUGACUACCUCGAAUUUGUGGUCAAAUGCCGACCAUCCCUCGAUCACCUUGGUGAAAUCGGUGCACCUUUACUUUUGCGGUUUCUGUCAACGUCGGUAGGAUACCACUACCUGGACGGUCUGGACUACAUCACACAGGAAAUGGACGACUGGUUUUUGGGCCGCAACGAUGCCUAUGUUGGUCUUGUGGAAGCUGCUCUAUCCCGUGCUUACGUUGAUCAACCACGAAGGAGUAGUUUUGCUCCUGAGGAUCUUGUCGAUAUGCAGGAUAUUGGACUGGUUCCACCUCACUUUUAUAGAGAGCUUGCACGAACUGCUGAAGGCUGCAGUCUUCUCGAGCAGUCCGGCCAUUUUAAUGAAUUCGCCUGGACAGUUCGGGAUUUCCAAUUGAAUGAAGAAGACAACGAGUCCCUUCUCAAAGUAAAGGGAUGUCUUUGGGCAGUUGGCAACGUUGGCUCGAUGGAACUUGGAGCACCAUUCUUGGAGAAAGAUCUUGUCGAGCAUAUCGUGAAGAUUGCAGAAAGCGCCGAGGUGUUGACAAUGAGAGGAACUGCGUUUUUUGUGCUUGGUUUGAUCUCACGCAGUCGACACGGCCUGAAAGUAUUGCGAAGUGUUGGAUGGGAUUCUGCAGUCGACCAGAAAGGAGAUUCGCUUGGAUUUUGCCUACCGACCGACUUCAACAAGCUGUUUCUGGUUGAGUUCCCUGCUCACGGUCGAAGCCCUGACGCGAAGCGCAAUUCUCGCGACAAGUUCAAGGCUGCCACCAUGGACCCGGACCCAGUUAACCAAAAGAUCCUUAAACUGGUCGUUGAUAUGGGAAACACCGUCCUUUCUAAGAGGGCGGCGGCAGAUCUGCACAGCAUCAAAUCAAAGCAGCCAGAACGGUUCCACCAAAGCCAGUUAUUCCGAAAGGCUCUGUGUAUUCUUGAAGGCCAUCACUUUCGACUACCCGCGCGACGCUAUGCUUUUGAUCUCUUCGAUAAAAGUGUCAUGCGACGGAUUGUUUUAGAAGAGGACUCAGACACUGAGUCAGAAACAACCUCAUCACAGGAGUCUGGGUGA